AUGUCAUCCUCAACAGCAACGUCAUCAUCACCUUCAACAUCAGCUGAAAGUAUAUCUACUGAACCAGUGAUAACUGUAACCACACCAGAAACCACGUCAUCCUCGACAGCUACAUCAUCACCACCUUCAACAUCAGAAGAAACUACAUCAACAGAACCAUCUACAACUGUAACCACAUACGAAACCAUGUCAUCCUCAGCAGCAAUGUCAUCAUCACCUUCAACAUCAGCUGAAAGUAUAUAUACUGAACCAGCGUCAACUGUAACCACAUCAGAAACCAUGUCAUCCUCGACAGCUGCAUCAGUCGAAAGUACAUCAACAGAACCAUCUACAACUGUAACCACAUAUGAAACCACGUCAUCCUCAACAGCGACAUCAUCGUCACCUUCAACAUCAGCUGAAAGCAUAUCUACUGAACCAUCGACAACUGUAACAACAUCUGAACCCACAUCAUCAUCGACAGCUACAUCAUCACCACCUUCAACAUCAGAAGAAACUACAUCAACAGAACCAUCUUCACCUGUAACCACAUACGAAACCAUGUCAUCCUCAACAGCGAUUUCAUCAUCAUCACCUUCGACAUCAGCUGAAAGUAUAUCUACAUUACCAUCAACAACUGUGACAACAUCUGAAACCAUGUCAUCCUCGACAGCUACAUCAUCACCACCUUCAACAUCAGAAGAAACUACAUCAACAGAACCAUCUACAACUGUAACCACAUACGAAACCAUGUCAUCCUCAACAGCAUCAACAGCGACAUCAUCAUCACCAGCAACAUCAGCUGAAAGUCAAUCUACUGAACCAUCGACAACUGUAACCACAUCUGAAACCACGUCAUCCUCGACAGAAAUUGAAACUCAUAAAACAGCCCGCUGA